AUGUUGAAGACCACAUUAGUUCUUGCAUUGUUCCUUGUCUUUGCCUUGAGCACCAAGCCACUGCUCGGUGCAACUAACCAUGAACCCGAGCAAGUGAUUGACACAUCCGGCAAGAUUGUUCGAGCCGGCUCUCAUUAUUACAACAUCAUCUCUGCCACACCUAACUUAUCUGGGAUCUCUCUCGCCAUCUUCACAGGUAACGAGACAUGCCCCCUUGACGUUGCGACCAUAGAUGGUUUUCAUGGUUUGCCUGUAGUGUUCCAACCCGUUAAUGCUAAAAAAGGAGUUGUUCGUGUUAACACCGAUCUCAAUAUCAUGUUCUCAUAUGAUUCACGGUGCGAGUCAAUGGUGUGGAAGCUCAAAGACUAUGACUAUGCGACUAGACAGCGGUUUGUGACGACUAAUGGUGUUUUAGGAAACCCUGGUGCCAACACUAUUAGCAAUUGGUUCAGGAUUGAGAAGUACGAGGAUGAUUAUAAGUUGUCUUAUUGUCCCAAAGUGUGCCCUAGUUGUAGACAUCCAUGUAUGGAUAUAGGGGUACAUAAAGACCAUAACAAUUGGGGCAAGCAUCGUCUAGCUCUUAGCAAUGUGCCUUUCAAAUUGCGGUUUCAGCGUGCAUGA